CAUUUGUAAAAACAAAAUCGCCGACCGUUAAUUUUCAUAGCCUUGCCAUAACAAUCGAAAAACUUUUGGUAUUCCCGCCUUCAACUAUCGCAGACAAAUAUUUCAAUUACGCCAAAAAUCUGAUUUUGGUCGGAUGUGGCAACUACAAACAUACAAAAGAAAUAAAUACAACAAAACAGACUUGAUGAGAGUAGGACAAUAAACAGAGAGAGCAAAACAGCAGCAUAUAUUUAACACAACAUAUUUAUAUAUUUUUUUAUUGUAACACAAAUCGAAAUCAAAGUUUCAACACCAGUUGCUGGCGUAAAUUCGCCCAGUUCCCGCCUCUAAGUUGUGAAAGUGACUUCGAAAGAAAUCCUUUGGAAAGCGAAGGAAAAUAAUCUAUUUAAGAGAGGAGGAGGUACGUACCAAAAACCCAACCUUCUGCUCAAAGUGCGAAACUCAUCUGGAGUGGUUAACGUGGGAAAAAACCCAGCCAAUCGAUACAUACAUGAACCGACCAUUGGAAUCUGCUGGAACUAUAACAAAUGGAUAAAGGUCAUUUGGUUGCAGAGAAAAUAGUGACAAACAAUCAGCCUCAUCAGCAGCAGACAUCGUCGGCAGACAACUUUUGUAACAAAGAUGACGUACUGGUAGUGGUAAGUGCUGCAGUAAAAAAGGAAAAAUCGCAGACAGUGGCUGCGGCGGAAACGGGCGAUGUUUCUUCGUCCCAAACAAAGGCAACGACGGCAGCGACGCGUGGCAAAGAAAUCAAUGAGAAAAAGGUCGAAGGAAAAAAUCUGAACGAGUUUCCGUCUGAUACCGAGGAGUUGUUGGGUUCCGUAACCACAUACAAUUGCCAUGGCACACGAACCAGCGCUCGGGUCAUACAGAAAAUGCGCCAAGAUCAACAAACCCGCCCCACAACUCCGCCACCGACAAACGAACGCGAAAAUGGCCGCAACAACAAAGACGAACGUUCAACGACGCAAAAGACUCCAUCACAAGUCCGGGCCAAUCGUCCCACCUGGUCGAAUAUCGAAAGGAAUCAUUUCUUUGAUGCCCUCAAUGAAUUUGGUAAAGAUUUUGAGGCAAUUGGAAAUUUUAUCAACUCGAAAUUGAAACGACGCAGUCCGGCCGUUGAUGUGUCCUUCAAGUCGAAGGAUCAAGUGCGUCAGCACUAUUAUCAGACAUAUCAUAAGAUUUGUAAAUAUAUAUGCUUCUCAGAGGAGGUACGUAAACCUGCCCAGGAAUUAUAUGCCCUCAUCAAUUACGGCGAAAUGAGGCGAAAACUUCAAUUCGUUACCGAUAAACAUUUUAUGAAACUGAAGAACCUGGUCUACCACGGUCAUGUGACUGUACGCUGUAAAGGCAAGAAUAUACGCAUAAAAACACCUUCUUGCAAGGCAUUAAGACGACUCAAUCAAUUGGAUGAUUCCUUGGAAGACAUACGGCUACCAUCAAAAAUUGAAGUAAUCAUUAGUCCCGCAAAUAUGGAAGCAUUCGGUCGUGUCCAGUCGAUUGCGCAGAAUCCUCGUUGCCGGACCACAGUGCCGUUACACAAGAAAUUGAUAAAUUUCAUAAAUAUGUUUCAACAUAAAUGGCGUAGCAUGGAUGUUCGCGUGGCCGAAGAAGCCAGGCUAAUGAAUUCGAAUGAUUCCAGCACCUCUGCCGCGGCAGCGGAAACCAAUAUCGUUCAAGAUCCCGAAUUAUGUUUUCUUCCCAAACCUGGUGUAACCAUACAUCGGCCUCUACUAAGCAUCACGGAAUAUCUAAGUAGCGUUAACAUUUGCCUUACCGCCUAUGAAGAACGUAUGGGUAUUACACAUAAAGGCGAUAAACUCAAUAGUGAUCGUCAUGCAAGUACAACAACAAAUAACACAUCUGGCUCGGGGCCAACAAUGUCUUCCAGCUGCAACAAUUCCGCAUUAGCAGCAGCAGCAUCAAUAAAUACAAAACGUUUACGCACUGAAAGUGGCUCGGAGAAAAAGUCACCCGAACAACACAAACGCUCUAGAAAUUCCGAGAGUUUGACCGAAGAAAUGCCUUCAUCUUCGUCUCUAACAGAAUUGGACACUUUCCAGAGUGGAAGCAAACAACCUGAAAGUAGCAGCGAUGAAUUGAGUGAUGAAAUCCAUGAAUUACUCUCAGACUCGGCUACUGAACUAAAUGUUAGCAAAGAGGAUUUGACAAUAAUACCCAUGACCACCGCAAUUUCAUCCAGCACCGACUCCAAUGCCAUUAACAAUACUACCCCCGCCGUCAACACCACCAGCAGCACCACAACAACAUCGACCACAAUUUCCCAAGCGUCUUCUGUACGUGCCAAAACUUCACGAGCCAUGAACUCAAAAACUACACGCUCAGUAUUCAAACCAUUGCUCAAUGAUGACAUCAUACAAAGCAUACGAAGUGGCUGGACCGCUUCAAAGGCUGGUGACAUAACCAUUGGUGAUUUGUAUGUAGUUUUGGGUCAUGAUUCUAAAUUGGAAUUGGAUUAUUAUUGGCCGGCGAAAACAAACAGUAAUGCAGUGCCGCCACACAAAGAAUCUCAGACAAUUGUGAAUGCAGUGGCCACAACCGAAGAACCCAAGGAAUCUGUUAUGUUAAGUAAUAAACUUAAACAUUUGCUAUUGAUAGCAAAUUUAAGUGAGCGAAUGCGUAAACGUCCCUGUACUUGUGAUCGAAAUCAUGCCGCUAAAUCUAAGUUUGAAAGAGAUUUGGUUGCGGGCACCUUUGUGGGCAAUAGAUCGUCAUAUGUUAAUUGUACACGUGUGGGCCCAAACAGAACCAGUGAAAGUAGCAGCAGCGUCAUGUUUAGACAACCAAUGAUUCCUGUACGUCGAACCACAAUAGAUCCAGUAAAGCAACUAACCACGCUGACGAGACAGAAAAUGUCUCGUCAAAUUUUAGUGCAAAGGCUCUUGCUUCCCAGCAAUGGCAACACCAAUGCCCCAUCCCGCCACAAUAACAGCAAUAAUCAUCCAUCGACAUCCACAUCCUCAGCCAUAACGGCGUCUUCGGCAUCAUUACGCGAUACUAGUCAAGUGCCUUGGAAUUCAACUAAAAAAUCAAAUGUUUCCACUGCCUCCGAUCUUGCCACCCCAUCGUCCUCAUCUUCUUGUGUUUCAACCACAAUUACAGACGAUAACACCACGGAUAGUCAGGAUUUGUGUAGAUUUUUAGAAUCAAUAGAUUGUGAUAGCAGUCAAAAUUUAUUGUCAUCCAAUGUGGAACUGCAUGCGCUACACCAUGACCAACAGCAGCAGCAGCAUCAUGAUAUGCUCGAAGAGUCUGGUGAUGACAGAACAGAUGGUCCAUGUUCGGUGCAAUCGAUUGAUAGUGCUUAUGAUGAGUCGACGAGUAACAGUUUCCUAAAUAGCCUUAGUCCCUUGCACCUCGUAAGAGAUUCUACUUCUAAUUCUCGUUGGCUGGAGGAAAACAUUAACGAUUUCUCUUUAACUAGUCUAUUGGGUCAUUUGGAUGAUAUCAAUGCAAGUCGUGAUAUUUUGGAUCCCUCUUCGAGCAUGUCUGUUAUCAGUGAAAGCAGCGUUGACUACCGGCACAAAUUUCAAGAGAUUAAGGCCUUAUUACCAACCCAAGAAAAGGAUUAAUAUUUAAUUUAAGAAGAACCAUAAUUCCCCCUACCAUACCAUAUAUGUAGCUUCAUAGUAUACUCCUCUCCUCCCUUGGAACCUUGGAAUGUGCAUAAACAUCCCUUUCCUUAUGUUUUAGUUUUUAUUUAUUUUUUUUUACUUGCUUAACCGACAAACAAAAAUUAAGUAUUAGCAUUUCAAAAUGUAUGUAUAUUUUGACGUAUUUUUUUCUCCCUUUUUCUUUGUCACUUUAAGUUAAGUUUAAGUUAAAAGUUCGCACUCAUAUUUUCCUCACAUUUAGAUAUUUUUUAUUUUAUAUCUCAUACAUAUAAACAUUACAUACUUCUGAGAGAAUUUGAAACAUGUAUAGACUGUAGCAACAACCCUUCUUUUGUGGAACAAAACAUGAUAACAAUUAACAACCAAACACCAAU